AUGCCAGUUGCACCAACCUCACUAGUCACAUUAUCCAAACUUUGCGCCCACUUGAAAAACUGCACAAACGUUUCAUUAUCCAAAACAGCAGUUCCAUACAAUAGAACAAAUUUACAAGUUGCAAUUCAAUUAUACAAUCAAGGAUUUUUAUCAGGUAUAACAAGAGGUUCCAAUACUGGGCCCGAUAUAAUACCCAUAGAUGCAACACCAGAUAAUAUAAACACACGAAGAAUAUGGCUUGAUUUAAAAUAUAGAAAUAAUUCACCUGUUAUUACCAAAAUAGAAAUGAUUUCAAAACCAAGUAAAAAAAUUGAAUUAAGUAUAGAGGAUGUUAAAGCAUUAGCUUCUGGGUUAAAAGUUAGAAGAAUUGAUCAAUUACAACCUUCAGAGUGUUUAUUUAUUGAACAUGAAAAUGAACUUUAUGAAAUAAAUGAAGCUGCUAAAAAGGGAUUAUCUGGUAAAGCUUUAUUCAGAGUAAGGUAA